AAUAAGAUUUGUAAUUUUUAUUACUUUGCAAAGAUAAUAUUUAUUUACAAGCUUUUCGAGAAGUUUAAAUACAUUUCCUGGAUAUAGUUGAUAACCCUUGACCCUGUCUCCAUGACGAUGCCAUCAGUUGAUUGCCCCACCCCCUUUGCAACUCCCCACGCUCGGACUCUUGUCUUGGAUCGAAUUAAACAAAGAUUCAAUAACUAUGGACAACAUACACAGAAAUGUGCGGACCGCUACAGUUCUGCUCAACAAACGAUACGCGCUAAUGAAAGACGAGAUACUGCCCUCUUGUGGCAAAAAGUACAGGAACUCAAAAACAAGAAAGGAAUGAAAACAAAGGAUUCACGGCAAAAGAUUUCAUCCGUUGACACAAAUGAUAACGAUUCAGGAUAUCUAGCAAGAGCGGCGGCUCAGUCUCUGAAGAGAAAGCUGGAAAAUGAAGCACAAGGUUACGGUGACUCUUCUAUGAGCCAACGUCAACAACAAGAAGCCAAAAAGAUGAAAAAUGAUCCGCACCUACAGAAAAAUAACCAGAGACAAGAAUACCAGAUACCUAACGUGUCGGUACAAAUUGUUCAAAACUUCGGGAAUGAUUCUGCAAAACAGAUUGAAACUACAGUCAAUGUUCAACAUUCGAGCAGGAACAUGUCAGAUUCUCAAUCUGUCAGUGUGAAUGUCGGCCCCAAGAAUAUAAAGCAAGAAAUGGUGCAUGACAAUCGCCAAGGGCAACAACUUAGUCAGCAAAAUAUGAACCAACAACAACAGCAACAAUGCCCACCGGGGGCAGCAGAUUCAAACGAUCUAAGUGGAUUUGAUCUUGACCUGGACAUGAACACACUUGAUGAACUACUGUCUCACAUCAACGAUGAUAUAAUAGAUGACAUCAUAUCUCCUGAUGGUCAACAAUCUAUGACAUCACAGUCACAGCCUAUGACAUCACCAUAUACUCAUAAUAUGACAUCACAAUCACAUGUAAUGACAUCACAAACACAGCAUAUGACAUCAUCACAGUCCCAGCAAAUGGCAUCAAUGCAACGUAUGUCAUCACCAGGACAACAUAUGACAUCACCACCGAUGACAUCACAGAUGAUGCAACAGCAACAAAAUGCGAAAAUGUAUUGUAAAAGUGAAAAGAUUGAUAUGUUCCCAGGAUUUCGAGGAAAUACGCCUGAAAAUAAGCAGGAAAAUAUCGGAUUGCCUCGUCAGAACAGCAUGAGUCAGCAGAAUAUUUCCGCCAAUAUCAUGACUCAACAAUCUUUGCGUGUGGGAGGAAACAACUUUUCGGCAAAUUUAUCGUCGCAACAGAAUAUUUCUCUGAAUAUGUCAACUCUGCAACAACAACAAAAUAAUUAUGCCACUAGUGGGAGACAGAUGCCAUCGAAUAACAGUAUGACGAGUCAACAUAUACAAAGACUGAACCAGGUGGCCCAGUUUGCCCCGCACGAGGCUCCCCCUCCUGAACCCCCGAGAUUGUGCCAUCCACCAGCAGGUUCUCAUGGCCCACAGUCUCAAGCCAACUACUAUGAAUCUCAUUCCCAGCAAUUGAAACAAUUAGCGGAGAAGACACGAUAUGGUUCAAUGAGCGGUUCCGGGUCAGUAAACAUGCCCUCUGACCCCAGGUCAACCCAACACUUCCCACCACAUUAUAGAGGGAAUAUUGAAGUUCCAUCAAUGAGUCAGCAAAUAAAUCUACAGAGUCAUCAUCAGAUGCCACCCGGUGGCCAACGACUUUCACACAUGGAUUCAAAUAUGUACGGUCGUCCGGCUCCAUUCGUUCAAACCCAACGUUCCAGCAUGAUGAUGCAACAAUCGAUUCAACAAGAAGCAAUUAUGAUGCGACAACAACACAUGCAGAAUAAUUCACACCCUUAUUAUGGCAGAAUCUCUGAACCACAUUCACAGCAAGUUCUGCCAACAAAUGUCAAUGUUCCUUUCCCAGGGAAUGCUCCUCACCCAUCAUGGAACUCUAGAGGUGCGGGAUGGCCGUCAACGAACCCACAUAACCCCAUGCAUCGACCUCAAGUAACCCCUGAGCAGGUGCAACGACCUAUGAUGAACUCUGUUCCAGAGACAAAUAAUUAUAUUCCUGAAUUUGAUCAAGAUUUGAACAUUUUGGCUGAAAUUUUAAGCAAAGCAAACCCUUGAAUGAUUUUGCAGUGCUCGAAAUGAAACAAUUCUACUAUUUUGAGCAAAUUUGAAAGAUUUACGCAGGGGAUGAAAUAAGCUUUUUUUUUUUACAUGAUCUAAAUGUCUGAGAUUCGCAUGAAUGAUAUUGCAGAGCUUAACAGUAACAUUGCAGGGUUUGAAAUGAGCUUUCCGUUUUUGAAAGUUGGCAUGGAUGAGUGAAUUUACAGGUUCGAAAUGAUAUUUUAUUGGUGCUUAUUUAUACUGCCUCUACAUUUAUUGUUGUUGCAUUUACAGAUAUAUUUUAUUAAGCUGCCAUAAUUUGUAGCAAAUCCAAGUUACUGUUUUAUAUUUUAAUUUUUUGUUCCUUAAUGGAAUUCAUGGUCCAUAUUUUGCCAGCUCAGUAUUAUAUGGUAGGAUAGGGUGAGAUUCCUAUUCAUUCUGGGGGGGAGAGGAAAGCCGAUAAGGUGCCAUCUCCUCUGGUUAUCAGCCCAUGUCUGAAAUGGGAUCAGUUAGUAUUUAGGUAUUUGUAUCAGACGCAAGAUGGUGGUAUUUCAUGCAAUCCAGAAAGAAUUUUUAUGAAUUUUCAUCUCUCCUUGUUAACAAUUAGUUUUAAAGCAACAACAAUGAUGUCAUAAAAUAAAAUGUCAUAAGACAAGAAUGAAUUUCUAUUGGUUUAUCACAAUUGAUAAGUUUUGUUUAUUAUAUAAUAAUGUAUAUAAAUUUUUUUAUCUAUAUUUCACUUGUUUCCGACAUUCCUUUGUUGUUUAUUCUCAUUUUUCACUUUUUACAACUUUUUCUCUUUCCGCCUAUUUUGUCUGUAUUUUACAUAUUUUAUAAAUAUGGUACAUUUCAAAGACUACAAUUGAGAUUUCGCACGAAACCUCUUUCUCCAAAGAUGAAUUGAUGAUAAGUGGACAAUGUUUCCAAACCAUGGGCAAAUAUUGAAAUUUCUGAAAAAAUGUUGUUUGGAAAUUAUUUACAAAAAAAAAUGCUUUUUAAACUGGUAUCGAAUCAUAAUUUGAAGUAAUAUUUGAAUGAAAAGUUACAAAAGUUUAAAACUAAAAAAAAGAUAAGUUUUCUUCAUUCUCUGAAAACAGAUUUUUUGAGUUUUGCCUUUUUUGGGGGAAUAUUCAUCUAUGAUAAGAAUUUGAGUCGCAUAAUUUUUGCCCUUUUAUGAAAUUGAAAUCUGUUAAUUGAAGUUGAUAUCUCCACCUCUAGCAGAUUUUUCCUUGUUCUGGGCAAGAUAAAUCUAUCACUGCAGUGCAGUCAAAAGAUUUUUUGUGUCAAAAAUAUUGUUAAUUCAUACCCUGCUUUUAUGGUGCUGCCUCAUGCGUGCUAAAAAUAUUUAAAUUUUCUUAAAAACUCCUUGCGUAUUAUUAUAUAGAUUAUUAUAUACAGUCUGUCGAAAAUUUUUAUUAAUAUCAAUGACUUUACCCUUCUCGACAUUUCAGUACGAUGGCUCGAGUUAUUUGAGUCUAGUCGAGUCAAUGAUUCGACCCCCCCCCGCUCCAAAAAAAGAUGAUUUGGAUGAUCAAUAUACGAUUUCAACAUGUGAAAGUUAAACAUUCCUGCUCCAGGAAAUAUGAAAAUUUAUUUCCGGCUCCUAUUAUAGCAGCAACAAAAGCCAAUUGAAUAUAACCUUUCUCAUUUUUGCAACCCAGAGUACAUGUAUCAAUCAGUAAUACAAAAGUAGUUAAUCAGGUA